AUGGAACCAUUACAUACUCUGCGGCGAAAGAGUGCGAAGCUAAUGUUCUUCAUGAACUGGGCUAUUGGGCUCAACAGAGUUUCUUACUUGUACCGCAACCGCGACUUGAUAAAAUCUAUCGUCGCUCAGCACAUUGGGAGUCCUGCAGAAAACUUCCACGUUGCUGAGCCUGACCAGUGGAUGCGAGGCAGCUUCAAUAUUUGCAUCCUCGUCGAUUUUGAUGUUCCAGGCCAAAACAAGCAGCUCAUCAUACGCUUCCCUCUUCCGUACCGAAUUGGAGAUAUUUGUUAUCCGGGAAAUGCCGAUGAGAAGAUACUGUGUGAAGCAGGAACAUAUGCGUGGCUCCAAACGAAUUGCCCUGAUGUUCCCAUCCCAUAUUUGUAUGGGUUUGGACUGAGGUCGGGAAAAACUUUUACUGCUCUUGAUAACCGACCAUUUCUCCCUCGCUUACUGGAGAAGUUUCGACGCCGAAUUCUAGAAUGGUUUGGCUAUACUAGCCCUUCUCGUUAUAUCCCGCUGCCCAACGUAUCUUCUUUGAACACUGGCUAUCUCUUGAUUGAGUACAUUAAGCCAUGCCAGGGUAAAAUGCUCUCUAAAUCAUGGGAAGAGGGUCGCCAUGACCCAAAACUACGGACCAAUCUCUUUCACGGUCUCUCUCGCACCCUUCUCGCAUUGGCACGCACUCCAUUACCAAAAAUCGGCUCAUUUAUUCUAGAUGAGGGAGGCUAUCUGCAGCUGGAGAAUAGGCCACUCACUCUUCAAAUUCAGCAAUUAGAAAACGAGCAAAUACCUGUUGAUAUCCCGCGGGAUAGGGCAUACACCUCCGUCGAUUCGUAUAUCCAUGAUAUUCUUUCAUUCCAUGAAAACCGUCUACGCUACCAACCAAACUCUGUACAAAAUUUCGGGGACGGCAUGUAUCAGACAUCAGCAUUAAUGGUGAUGAGGAGCAUUUGGCUUGCUACUAUGACCGGCCCGUUCUUUCUAACCUUGACGGAUAUCCAUCCCAACAAUAUAUUUGUGGAUGACGAAAAUGAUCCACCCCCAUAUUGGCUAUCAAACCAAGCUAUCGAUAUGAUUGAUAUGAAAGAUUAUGAAAUCCUUCACAAAGAAUUUAUGACAGCAUUGGAAGUUGAACAGACGGCUCUGCCAUCACCACCUUUCUUAUACCCUGCGAUGCAACAAGGCUGGGAUAACGGAACCUUCUGGUUCUCUCUCGCGCUACAUAGCCCCACGGCCCUUUUCAAAGUUUUCUACGAUUAUAUUCAACCAAAGUUUUCAAAAGCUGAUAGUGGUGACCCAGAUUUCUGGGUUGUUACGGCGCCUUAUUGGACAUUUAAUGCGCUGAAAUUCAUUGACCAAAAGGUGAACGACAAAGAACAAUAUGAUAUUGCUCUACAAGAAGAAUUUAAGCUCUGA